UGGAACUCUCACUCAAAGGCUGUUCCACGGUAACGGCUGGUCGGUAUCCACCGAUCAAUCGGACAAUCCCGAUUAAAAAAAAUCAUAAAUCGUUAUUGGGAGUGACUAAAAUUGAUAACAAAGUGAAAAUUAUCGGGUAAUCAUUUGAAAUAGUGGAUCGUGUGUUUGUUUUCCCGCUUGUUUAUUUGAAUUGACGGUAAUUCUGGUAGCGGGAAAGUCAGAGCGACAAGUGUUUUUGAAAAUUGAAGGAUUUAUUGGAUAAGUGGAGGAUUGGGGAAUUGGAGGAUUGGAGGAUUGGGUGGGAUAAGGGAUUAUGGACUGAUUGGGAGUAAUUCGGUGUAUGAAGCGUAUGUGAUAUUUAAUUGGAGCGUGUUGGAGUGAAGGAACGGGACAAUCCUGCAGCUGUCAUUCCGUUGACCAACAAAUAUAAAAUGAAUUUGUUCAGAGAAACGCGGCGAGCUUAUCCUGACAGAAAGAGAUUGGAGAAACAGUGUCUAAGUGCUAUUGUCUUUGUACGUACUGAGGCAGAUUUAUUGCAGUGCCCUGUUUGGGUGCUCAUUGUCAAUGUUGUUGGAUUGGAUAUGCUUAAGUCAAAGUUGCCACCAAUUUUAGCUCUUCAGAGGCCCGUUGAUAUUAAAAACCGCCCGAGAAUUCCAAUCCCAGACGAAGACCCCUAUAGCGUUGCGGGAGUGUCAUCGUCUUCCGGUCCCAGUGACGGCAGGGACAUGGGCAGAGAUCCAAGACAGGAAUCGAUUUAUGGACAAUCAUCAAGUUACCAUCAACGUCGGGCGGAAAGACCACCGAAACUUCCGCCAAGGGAAAACCUUUAUGGCCAUGGCAUUCCUAAGCCUGAUUACGACGAUAUCGACGAUGACUACGGCACAAGCAACGAUCGGCCUGCGGUCCUAGCUGUCGAUGAGAAAAAAAGUAAAAAGAAUGACAGUAAAAAGUACGAUGACCCUUAUUACUGUGGAUUGCGUGCGCGCGUACCAAAUUUCGUGAAGAUGGCGAAAAACAGUCAACAUCAACCGAAGAUGCAUCCACCGUAUGGACACGUAAGACCGUCAUACGCAGCUCCAACAGGAUAUCCUAGUAGUCAAUCGUCACAAAUUUAUGCAAGUCAUGCACCGAGUAAAAGACCCCCCAUAAUGUACCACGCUAGAAGCUUUGAGAGUGGAUUAGACUCCGAUGAUCGAAUAGAUUCACCGUACAACCAUAUUUAUGGAAGAUUACCAAUGCCCACGAGAGGCGUCAUACCGCCCACACCGCGUGCUAUGUACAUCGGAGAAUGGGAUUAACAAUUGACACGUUUAAUCUCCUAUUUUGUAUGUACCUAUCCUGUAUAUUGUUAAUAUACCACAUAAAUACUCAUAUUUUUUA